AUGAUCAGCCGCAACUUCAAGAAUGUGUUGGUGGUCUCUAUUGGGUUUCUGUCUCUGUUCACGGCCUAUGGAGGCCUGCAGAGUUUACAGAGCAGCCUGAAUGCAGAGCAGGGGAUGGGCGUGGCGUCUCUGAGCGUCAUCUACGCCUCCAUCAUCAUCUCCUCCAUGUUCCUGCCUCCCAUCAUGAUCAAAAAUCUGGGCUGUAAAUGGACUAUUGUUGUUGGCAUGGCCUGCUACGUGUCCUACUCAUUUGGAAACCUCUACCCAGGAUGGUACACCCUCAUCCCUACCUCAGUGAUCCUGGGUUUGGGAGGCUCUCCUCUGUGGUCGGCUAAAUGCACCCUUCUGACCAUCUCCGGGAACGCUCAGGCUGCCAAGGAAGGCAAAAAGGGCGCUGAUGUGAUCAACCAAUACUUCGGCAUCUUCUUUUUCAUCUUUCAGUCGUCUGCCGUGUGGGGAAACCUCAUGUCGUCGCUCAUCUUUGGACAGGACACCGAAAUAGCUAACAUCCCACCUGAGCAGCUGAUGACCUGUGGAGCAGCUGACUGUGGCCUUAAUAUCUCAUCCAACAGCACCACCACCAGGCCUGCCCAGAAACUCGUGUGGACGCUCGUCGGAUGCUACAUCGGUGUGGGUGUGCUGGCCAUGCUCAUCGUGGCAGUGUUUCUGGACAACGUCGACCGGGAUCAGGCGAGCCAGUUUCGUGAGAACAGAGAGCCGUUCUGUCAUACGUUCCUGGCCACAUUCAGGCUCCUGAAGGACUGGAGGCUGCUGACGCUCAUCCCGCUCACCAUGUACAGCGGCUUCGAGCAGAGCUUCCUGUCUGGGGAGUACACUAAGAACUAUGUGACUUGUGCUUUGGGGAUCCAUUACGUUGGCUUUGUGAUGAUGUGUUUCGGAGCUUCCAACUCCCUUUUUUCUUUUCUCUUUGGGAGACUCGCUCGGUACACUGGGAGAGCUACACUCUUCGGCCUCGCUGCAAUCGCCAACUUUUCCUGUAUAAUCGCUCUCUUGUAUUGGAGACCUCAUCCUGACGAGCUGCCAGUCUUCUUUGUGUUUCCCGCUCUGUGGGGUAUGGCAGAUGCCAUCUGGCAAACUCAGACCAAUGCUCUUUAUGGCGUCCUCUUUCCCCGAGACAAAGAGGCAGCCUUUGCCAACUACCGGAUGUGGGAGUCUCUCGGUUUCGUGAUCGCCUUCGCUUACAGCACGUUCUUAUGCCUGGAAUACAAACUGUACAUCCUGCUGUCUGUUCUGCUGCUGACCGUCAUCACUUACCCCAUAGUGGAGUUCUACGAACACAAGCAUCCCACAGAGCCCAUCGAAGAGGCCAAUUACCUGAGUCACAAAAAAGCCAUUCCAAUGGAUGACAGCAAGAUCAUCAAUCAGACACAACUGUAGCGACGGAAUUGAUGUUUGUACUUGUUUUGUUUUUACUUGUCGGCCUGGCCUCCAAGCUGCUAAUCAGGUUUCCGAAUGUUCAAAUGAGAUAAAUGCCAUAUUAAGAAAAACACAUGAUGAGAAUGAUGUUAAAGGGACAGCAAGAAGGCUGCCCACUUGUGUCAAACUUUCCUGGACACAGACUUUAUUUUUUACUUGUGCUGCCUGCAGAUUCCUGAGGCCAGCUUUGUAGCACUUGAAUGUUUUGUUUUGUGAGCGCUGCUGGAGUUGUAGAUCACGUGCUGGGAAAACUGGGACUUCACAGCCUCAGUAAGUAAAUGUUGUAGAAAAAUCUUGUCCACUCCAUUUUAUUGCUGAUUUUCUUAUGUGUAAGGACCGCUGUGUCUGGAUGUGUCCUGUUUUUAAGCCGACACAUUUUCUCUGAUUAAAUGUUUCAAUAUUUCAA